AUGCCAAACAAAAACUACCCCCAUUUACUAGACAUUUACGCGUUCAAGAUACACGGCAAGGCUGUUAAGGAAACCAAGAAGCAGCUCCAUAAAGUCGAAUUUGAAAGGGCAAAAUUGGAGCUAGAUGGAGAAUAUGCCGAGAAAGAGAUUAAGAAGUUGGAGCAGGUUGAGAGGGGGCUAGAGAAAAGUUGCAGAAAGGUUGAUGAAUCGGAGAUCAAAGAGGAUAUAAGAGAACUUCGAAUGGAGCUGAGGAACCUGGAUAUGGAGAAGGAAAAUCGAGAUCGUGAGCAGAAGAAUCUCAAGGAGACUAAGAAGAGGCACCGGAAGUCGAUGGCCAAGCUACAGAGGAGAUAA